AUGUGCUGCUCCCCUUGCUGCCAGCCCACCUGCUGUGGGUCCAGCUGCUGCCAGCCUUGCUGCCGUCCAUGCUGUGUGUCCAGCUGCUGCCAGCCAUGCUGCCGCCCAUGCUGUGUGUCCAGCUGCUGCCAGCCUUGCUGCCGCCCAUGCUGUCCUUGCUGUCGCCCAUGCUGUGGAUCCAGCUGCUGCAGUCCAUGCUGUGGGUCUAGCUGCUGCCAGCCUUGCUGCCGCCCAUGCUGUGUGUCCAGCUGCUGCCAGCCUUGCUGCCGCCCAUGCUGUGGAUCCAGCUGCUGCAAUCCAUGCUGUGGGUCUAGCUGCUGCCAGCCUUGCUGCAGCCCAUGCUGUGGAUCCAGCUGCUGCCGCCCAUGCUGUGUGUCCAGCUGCUGCCAGCCUUGCUGCCGCCCAUGCUGUGUGUCCAGCUGCUGCCAGCCUUGCUGCCGCCCAACCUGCUGUCAGACCACCUGCUGUAGGACUACCUGCUGCAGACCCAGCUGCUGCUGCCGCCCAUGCUGUGUGUCCAGCUGCUGCCAGCCUUCCUGCUGCUGA